UGCAAAUAUUAGGCUUGCUAGAUUCAGUUCCAGGCCUAAUGAAGAACACAAGGAAACUUUCAAAUAAAUUUAGACUUACGAUUUUUUGGAUCUAAGCUGAUUUUUUUUUAAAUGGGUGUAUCUUGUGUAUACAGUUAUCCUGUCCCUGAAGGUAGAAGUGGGGCCCAGGUUGUGGAUGUGCUACAGAAACAGGUGGAAACCCUGGGCGGGAUCAAGAUGGGCAACUUCCACGUGGACUGUGAGGCAUACCAGUCUGUCAUGCUCAACCCUCCCAAGACACUUCACCUCCUACACAACAGUGAGUACCCAGCUUCUUGCUUCGCCAUCCUAGACUCUGGGGCCACCCUGGUUGCUGACACCCUGUUUAAUGGCCUCAUGUCCAACCUAAAGAACUAUUACCAGGCACGUAAAGGGGCUAAAGUGGAGUCUAAAGGAAACAGAUACCAGCUGGCUGACUUUGUUGUGAAGAUUGGAUCUGUUUCUCUGGCUGGAAGCUUUAAAGGCAUUUUAGUUGAGGUUGAGUACUGUCCUAGUGUGGUAACCUCAGAGUGCUGGAACAUGUUGAAAGAACUUCUACAAAGUUUGAUAGGGAACAUUGCUGACUCGCCACCUCAAUCUCUCAAAGUAAAAAUGGACGAGACUUACGUCCCUUCUUUCACAAUGGCACAAUACUUGGACCAUUUCAACAAUUUUAGGAAGGCAGCGGCUAUGAGCCAGCCUCCAAGUUAUUGACUUCGUUACCAAGUCCAGGAGUGUAGAGACUUACCAGCCGACACCUCCCCCGUUGUGGAUUGCCACCCAAGUAGCUCCCCUGAAGCUGUCUCCAAUGACAUUUUGAAUGGCCAUGUCUAGGGGGAGGAAAAUUUGUAUACAUGCACAUUUUGUCUGUUAGGGAAGGGGGUUGUGCAUGCAUGACAUUUUCACUGGCCAUAUCUUUGUGUGUUCAUCAAGUGAUGAUUGUGUUGUGAGACUUGCUUACCUGCGCA